AUGGGCUCGUCGUUCGAUCGGCGCAUGUCUGCGGGAAAUCCACCCGCAGACCUCGACAGCAGACACCAGUCCGAAGCGCGGGCAGAUGAUGAAACCAGCUUCACGAUGGACCCUUGGUUGAUAGCGGUCAUCGUCACCGGGAUAGUCAUCGUAAUGACGCUACUCGCCUUCAUGGUGAUAUACUACAUACGGUCACGGCGAUGGAAAAGAAGCAUCAGAGAGGCGGACCCUAUCAGCCACCACCAACAGCACACUCACAAGCGGAAGAUGAGUUCGGCAGACCGACAGCGAGCAGAGGAGCUGGAGAGAGAUAUGAUGAUCCGGAAGUCCCUCGCGAGCCGAAGCAGCUCGUCGUUCAGCACCCUCAGCACCCACAGCUCGCGCUUAUCCGCAUUCUCCGAGUAUCCCUUGGUUGAGGUGUCAGAAGAGCCAGAGACGGUCAACCUCAGAGACGACUGGAAGGAAUGGGAGGCUCAGAUACAGCGUCAGAUGGGGACCGCGAGCCACCAAGCUUCAGGGCUGCAUGAGCAUCCGGCAUUCGCCCCUCAACUGUCAGUUCCACGACCGUCACGCAUGCCAUCGCCAGUACGAGGUGUGAUACAGCCCAGGUGA